AUGAAGCUGAAGAGAUGGACGACCCGACCAGGAGAUCACGUCGAGCAUAUCGGUGAGCAUGGAGAUGCUGGUGGCGCACCACUGGAUACCAACACGACAACAUCGUCGUCUGAAGGAUUGCGAUAUACCAGAACUCACCUCGGUCUUCAUCCGCAUGCACCCAUCGCGGAGGAACAUGACGCAACGAAGUAUUCCAGUUUGUGGUGGAGCAAGGUUAGAUUGGCGUUGAGAGAGCCUUUUGCCGAAUUCUUUGGAGUCAUGAUCCUCGUCUUAUUUGGUGAUGGAGCGGUGGCUCAAGUGCUUCUCAGCAAAGGGCAGACGAGCGCACCCGGCGGUGAUGGUUACGGAAAUUACAAUGCCGUAUCUUGGGGAUGGGCUAUUGGCGUGAUGCUGGGUGUAUACAUCGCUGGUGAUUCUGGAGCAUACCUCAAUCCUGCAAUUACCUUCACCAACUGCCUUUUGCGAAAGCUGCCAUGGCGAAGAUUCCCGGUAUACUUCCUUGCACAAUUCCUCGGAGGUCUCGUUGCUGCUGGAAUCAUAUACGGCAACUAUGUCAACGCCAUCAAUGCGUACGAAGGUCAUGGUGUCAGAACGGUACCUCCAAGCCCGACUGCGACUGCCGGUAUAUUUUGCACCUACCCUCAAGCAUACAUGACCAAGGCGAGCAUGUUCUUUUCCGAAUUCAUCGCCAGCACAAUCUUGAUGUUUACUAUAUUCGCCCUUAAGGACGACACGAACAAUGGAGUGUCUCAAGGCGGAGGCAACUGGUUUCCUCUGGGCUUAUUCUUCCUGAUCUUCGGCAUCGGUGCAUGCUUUGGUGUUGAGACCGGCUAUGCGAUCAAUCUGGCUCGUGACUUUGGACCACGUCUGAUGAGCUAUGCCUUGGGUUACGGACAUGAAGUGUGGAGUGCUGGAGGAUAUUACUUCUGGAUUCCGAUGGUUGCACCAUUCUGCGGAUGUGUGUUCGGAGGUAUCCUCUAUGACGCAUUUAUAUAUACAGGGCCUUCGCCCCUCAAUACAGAGUGGCUGGGGUUGAAGGACGUGGUGCAUCCUCGCCAGGCGAUCGAUGAGAGACUUCGGGUGCAGAGGAAGGAAGGUAUUGUCUAGACGUUCACCGUCGAGCAGGCAGAACACACAGUCGGUGGAGGUAUUAAUAGGCAGUUCGAGCUCUCAUAUCGUGAUCGUAGUAGACAUAAUAGCCACAUCUGUAUAACAUUAAUUGAUGAGAGUUGUUGAAUGUUUC